UUCACCAUUGGCUGGAUUACCGCCCUGCCGCUCGAGAUGGCUGCAGCAAUAGAAAUGCUCGAUGAAGAAUAUGGAAAACCAAACAUACAAAAUGCUCACGACUACAACAACUAUAUCUUAGGUCGAAUAGGUCUCCAUAAUAUUGUUAUUGCCUGCCUCCCCACCGGCGUCUAUGGAACUACAUCUGCUGCUGUUGUUGCAGUGCAAAUGAUGGCAAGCUUUCGCUCCAUCAGGUUUGGACUGAUGGUCGGCAUCGGCGGUGGGAUUCCUUCUGCUACUAAUGAUAUUCGACUUGGUGAUGUCGUGGUCGGAAAACCAAGCGGGAGGGUUGGUGGUGUUAUACAGUAUGACUUCGGGAAGACUACCGAUGGUGGACGGUUUGACCCGCAAGGGUCUCUAAACAAGCCUCCUCAGAUAUUGUUGACCGCAGUCUCAACCAUGCAAGCAUUGCAUCUCACCCGCGGAAACCAGAUUCAGGCAAUAUUGUCGGGACUCAAUAAAUCCAGGUUUUAUUCACAGCGGCCCGGUCAGGAUCGCUUAUUCGAGCCCAACUACUCUCACGAGAACAGCUCUGCAAGCUGUGAUCACUGCGAUGCACGACGUCUGAUGAUUCGGCCGGGCCGACCCGACACCAACCCUGUGGUAUUUUACGGUACUAUUGCAUCUGGGAAUCAGGUUAUCAAAGAUGCACGGACUCGAGACCAACUUGGGCAACGACAUGGUGUUCUCUGCUUCGAGAUGGAGGCGGCCGGGCUAAUGGACAAUUUUCCUUGUCUAGUUAUUCGUGGGAUAUGUGACUAUGCCGAUUCCCAUAAAGCAAAGGACUGGCAAGCAUACGCAGCUAUAACAGCCGCCGCCUGCGCAAAGGAACUACUUGGACUUAUCCCUAUAGGUGAUUGGUUGGACACU